AUGAACUUAGCUAACUUCAUUUCAAGCAGCAACCUGACAACUUAUCAGAAUUGGUAUGGUCACUAUGCCGGUAACAAUACUUAUGAGGCUUGGAACCCGUCAAGUAAUUAUUCCGCUCUAACUUUAGAGAUUCGUACAGGGGAUGACUCAGUAUUGAGUGCAAUUACUUUCAAUGUUACCGGUGACUUACAGUCAGCCUAUGAGCAGAUGGAGUUAGAGGAGGCAGCCGCUACCAGUGCCGAAGGUUAUUCGACACAGCUGCUUGCCACUAGCAUUGAUCCGUGGACAGAACCUACCAUGGCCGUGGAUGAACCUAAUAGAUUGAAUAAGCGUGCCUGUGGAUCGUUCUGUGGGGUUAAUCUACACUGCCUACUGGCACCCUGUUUUAAGUGUGCUGCUUAUAGACCCGGCACGUGGAGGAAAAGAUGUGCUACUGGCUGGGGAAGAGCAGGUUAG